CCGCCCGCCCGCCCGCCCGCCCGCCCUCCGGUCCCGCGCCCGCGCGCCCCCGCCCCUCCGCACCCCGGGACCCGGCUCGCUCCGGAGCAUGCCCCGCUACGAGCUGGCUUUGAUUCUGAAAGCCAUGCAGCGGGGUUGGUACAGUAGGCUUCACUAGACUUAGCUGCAACUCAGAAUUUCUCCUCCAGCACCUGAGUAAAUGCUGAUGGUCUUGUGGAGAGUGGAUUAAGAGUACGAGCUAAGUUCUCAAUCCCAAUUAAGAAGCGGAGGAAAAUUUAACUGUCUCCUACAGAGUUUAUCACAACCACCACCAUCAAGACAGCAAACCAAAGGACAAAGACUUUGACCUGCUGUGUUACUCUGUAUAGUCCAGUUCACGCAUGGUUUACAGACUUGGCUGGGGUUACUAAUAAGUAAAUAAAAAGUUGGACGCUUCUGUCGCUUGGACGCUUUGAUUCACAAUUUACCAGAAUGAGGGCUGUAUUGGAGCCUGCAGACAUUGCCAUAGUGGCCCUGUAUUUUAUCCUGGUCCUGUGCAUUGGCUUUUUUGCCAUGUGGAAAUCUAAUAGAAGCACCGUGAGCGGAUACUUCCUGGCGGGGCGCUCUAUGACCUGGGUAGCAAUUGGUGCCUCUCUGUUUGUGAGUAAUAUUGGGAGUGAGCACUUCAUUGGGCUGGCAGGAUCUGGAGCUGCAAGUGGAUUUGCAGUGGGCGCAUGGGAAUUCAAUGCCUUACUGCUUUUGCAACUUCUGGGAUGGGUUUUCAUCCCAAUUUAUAUCCGAUCAGGGGUAUACACAAUGCCUGAAUACUUGUCCAAGCGAUUUGGUGGCCAUAGGAUUCAGGUCUAUUUUGCCGCCUUGUCUCUGAUUCUCUAUGUCUUCACCAAGCUCUCAGUGGAUCUGUAUUCCGGUGCCCUCUUUAUCCAGGAGUCUUUAGGUUGGAACCUUUAUGUGUCUGUUAUCCUGCUCAUUGGCAUGACAGCUUUGCUGACUGUCACCGGAGGCCUGGUUGCAGUGAUCUACACAGACACUCUGCAGGCUCUGCUCAUGAUCAUUGGGGCACUCACUCUUAUGAUUAUUAGCAUGAUGAAGAUUGGUGGGUUUGAGGAGGUUCAGAGAAGGUACAUGUUAGCCUCGCCCAACGUUACUUCCAUUCUGUUGACCUACAACCUUUCCAAUACAAAUUCUUGUAAUGUCCACCCCAAGAAAGACGCCCUAAAAAUGUUGCGGUCUCCAACAGAUGAAGAUGUUCCAUGGCCUGGAUUCAUUCUUGGGCAGACCCCAGCCUCAGUAUGGUACUGGUGUGCUGACCAAGUCAUCGUGCAGAGGGUCCUAGCAGCCAAAAACAUUGCUCAUGCCAAAGGCUCUACCCUUAUGGCUGGCUUCUUGAAGCUUCUGCCAAUGUUUAUCAUAGUUGUCCCAGGAAUGAUUUCCAGGAUACUGUUUGUUGAUGACAUAGCUUGCAUCAACCCAGAGCACUGCAUGCAAGUGUGUGGAAGCAGAGCUGGGUGUUCCAAUAUUGCUUACCCACGCCUGGUGAUGGAGCUGGUCCCCGUAGGUCUUCGGGGCUUGAUGAUGGCAGUGAUGAUUGCAGCUCUGAUGAGUGACUUGGAUUCAAUCUUUAACAGUGCCAGUACCAUAUUCACCCUUGAUGUGUACAAACUCAUCCGCAAGAGUGCAAGCUCCCGGGAACUGAUGAUUGUGGGCAGGAUAUUUGUGGCUUUUAUGGUGGUGAUCAGCAUAGCAUGGGUGCCAAUCAUUGUGGAAAUGCAAGGAGGCCAGAUGUAUCUUUAUAUUCAGGAGGUGGCAGAUUAUCUGACACCUCCAGUGGCGGCCCUGUUCCUUCUCGCAAUUUUUUGGAAGCGCUGCAAUGAGCAAGGAGCUUUCUAUGGUGGAAUGGCUGGCUUUGUUCUUGGAACUGUCCGGUUGAUUUUGGCCUUUACCUACCGGGCCCCAGAGUGUGACCAACCUGAUAACAGGCCAAGCUUCAUCAAAGAUAUCCAUUAUAUGUAUGUGGCCACAGCAUUGUUUUGGGUCACAGGACUCAUUACUGUAAUCGUUAGUCUUCUUACACCACCUCCUACAAAGGAUCAGAUUCGUACCACCACCUUUUGGUCUAAGAAGAGCCUUGUGACAAAGGAGAGCUGUUCUCAGAAAGAUGAACCAUAUGAAAUGCAAGAGAAGAGUAUUCUGCGAUGCAACGAGAACACUGAGGCUAUCAACCAUGUCAUUCCCAAUGGGAAAUCUGAAGAUAGCAUUAAGGGCCUUCAGCCUGAAGAUGUUAAUUUAUUGGUAACCUGCAGAGAGGAGGCCAAUCCAGUGGCUUCCUUGGGUCCUUCAGAGGCAGAAACACCAGUAGAUGCAUAUUCCAAUGGGCAAGCGGCUCUCAUGGGUGAGAAGGAGAGAAAGAAGGAAACGGAUGAUAGAGGCCAUUACUGGAAGUUCAUAGACUGGUUUUGUGGCUUUAAAAGUAAGAACCUCAGCAAGAGGAGUCUCAGAGACCUGAUGGACGAGGAGGCUGUUUGUUUACAAAUGUUAGAAGAGACUCCACAAGUUAAAAUAAUAUUGAAUAUUGGACUUGUUGCUGUGUGUUCGCUUGGAAUUUUCAUGUUUGUUUAUUUCUCCUUGUGAACUUAAGGAUACGAUGAGACAAUUAACUUAAAAUACUGGUCUUUGGGGGAAAACUUACGUAACUGUCGCAUCUCUCUCAGGCAUUGUUUACGCAGUAGAUUUUAGCCAAACUUUACUUAGCAGAACGCCAUCUAUUUGCAAGACUUCAUUUUCCUAAAGAUGGAUGAAAGUAGAUCCUCAGCUUAAAUGGAGCAAAACAGACUUAAUUGUGUAAAAAUGUGGUUUAAAAUUUUCCAUACCAAAGUAAGGAGAGACCAGUUGUCAUAGAUUACUUAGAGUAGAAUACAUAUCAAAGGUAUUGUGAAUAAGAAAAUACUAUCAGGACGCCAAUUCUUGGUAGACCUUAUGCUGAAGAUUGUUCAUUUUUAUUUGUUUUUGUCUCUAAUACCUAUUACCUUUUUAAAGAAACCUGAAUUUUUAGAUAAUCUAUAAUGAGUUACAUACUGAAAAUCUAAUGUCAUUGAGUAGUCCUUUCAGGACAGGUUAGGUUUGCCAGUUUCGUUUUGUUAGCAUGAGUCUGUGGAGAAAAGGAAGGAACAUUUCCUGUAUGGCUUUCAGUAUCACCUGUAUGUAUAAUGUUUUUGGGGAAGACUAUUCCAGCUCUUCUCCCUCUGUUGGUUUCUAUUUUCAUGGAAGUUUAAGUGAACCAUACUCAAAACGACUACCAAGUGUUUCUAUAAAGUUGUUAAAAUUGUGUUAAAUGAUCAUGGGGGGAAGUGGAACAACCAUUAAUUACUUAAGAUCCCCAUGUUUAUUGAUCAAAUUAAGUUUGCUUUUAAAUAUAGUUUGGGAAUUAGUAGCUCCUAAGCAGGUGUUUGAUUGACUUAGGCUAAAAUGGUUAAUCAUGCUCUGCCAGUUUUCUAGCUUUUUCUUGUCACUUGACAACACAUUCUGUUAGUUAAAUGCCUUCCUUCCCAAGUGAAUCCCUUUGGAAUAUAGUGUCCAUUAUCCUGAAAAAUUGACACUGCUUUUGUUUGCUCAGUUAUUACCCAACUUGGUGAAGUUCUUGAUACAUGGAGAAUGAGAUUUCAUGAUGGAAAACUCAAUUCUGAGAUCAUAAUGCAUUUUUCCUCCCCAAUUUCUUUUUUUUUCUUAAAAAGAUCUGCCAGUUGUUCACAGCCUGUACAUCUUAGUUGUCAUAGUCAUGUAACGCAUGAAGAUGUUUCAGUGAAAAUAGGCCAUUAGUUGUAGAAAGCGCAGAGAGCAUGCUUGCCAUUGGUAGAUUAUCAAUAUAGUCUUUCUGUAGGAUGGAUAGCAUGUUCAAAAGGUGCCAUGAAUAAGAACUGUGUCUUUGGAGGAUGUUAUAGCACUUGUGUAGGCACUGGAUUCUUGUCAUGAUUGAGUUGAUACCAGUUGCAACAUUGGUGGGUGGGAAUCUUUACUGAGGGGGGACGGUAAAAAAAAAAGAUGUUUGGGAAAGGCUUUGUGAAUUAGUAGUUUUGUGUCCUCAACACUGCCCUUUGUCCUCCCGGAAACAUGAAGAAAACUAAUUGUGUAUCUACUUUCUUUGUCUUUAAACUGAUACUUUUUUAAAUUGCAUGAUUUUACUAAGUCUUGUAUCCUUUAGGGAAAAUUACUUUUAUAGAUAAUUUUGUAGAUUUUGAAUCAAAACUCAGUCCUGAUGACUAAAUUUUUGUAAUGUAUACACUAGUUUGCUUAUGAUGGACUUGAUUAGUCCAAAGUUGAUUUUAGAAAUAAUCAGGUAGUAUAAUGUCUUCCUAUCUUCAGGAGGCUUUUCUGAUGGAUUGAGUAUGUAGAUGAAAAAGUAAUUCAUGUAUGAAUAGCAUGUAUUUCUGAAGAGCUUAAGAGUGCCUUGUAUAAUUUUUGUUACUAAUUUUAUCCUUGAGAUUUAUAACCUGGGGGCCAAGUAGAUAAGGACCAUUCUUUUCUUAUAUGGAGAUUGAGACUAUGACAUGGAUAGGAAACCUAUUUUGAAGAACAGAAACCAAGUCUCCAAGUCUGGACACAGAGUUUGUCCAGAUGUGUCUGG